UGACGUCACGAGCGAUCGGGGGGACGUGACGUCACGAGCUGUUUGGCGUCUCGUUCUGUGCGGGUGGAGGAGGCGAUGGAGUCUCGGGGAUAAUAGAAAGAAGUCGUCCUCCCCUCGCACGAGGCGCGUGUGCUGGAGGUCUCCACGGAGCCCAGAGCCUUCGUCGCCAGGAGCCUCAGCGGCAGGUUGGGGGGGCGGCUUGCCGGGGGGCCGGAGCGCGGCUCCAGGAGAGAGCGGGCGGAGCGCGGGUGAGGAGCUCAUUCAAGGAAACGUUCGUUUCUUGGCGGCGAGAAGUAGAAACAUCAGCAGCAGAAAAGUCAUCGGCAGUAAAAGAACCAGUCAUCUCGGUCAUCUCAGUCGACCCGUGGCAUCUGGGUCUGCCCCGUGACCUCCUGCCAGCGGGCGUUUGACACUUCACGUGGCCUCAAGACGAUGACCCUCGUGGUAGCGAAGCAAGAUCAAAUGGAAGCCCGCGUGGAGGAGCGGCUGGGAGGGAUGGGCCUGGAGGGCGCCGACUGCUGGCCCCUGGAGCGAUUGCCGGGGUGGCACGUCUCCCUGCUGCUCUUCCGCGCCGUCCAAAACGCGGCCGAGCUCCGGCUCAAGGCCGUGAGCGGGGCCCUGCCGGGGGCCGUGAUCAGCGCCGCCGUGGUGCUGGAUCCGUUCCAGGUGCUCGUAGCGGCACACAAGGCCGUGCACCUGCACCGUCUGGGCAAACUCAAGACCAAGGCGCUGCACUCCGAGGUCAUCUACAACCUCUCUCCCAGCAACAACAUCUCGGAUGCGUUCCGGAGGUUCGGCGUGGCGGACGGAGAUACGGCGGUGCUGGUGGUGCUGGUGGAGGAGGAGGGUGCGGAGCGCGUGGACCCGGCCUCGGUGGAGGCACACGUGGACGGGCAGCGCGUGCCCGCCAGCGAGCUGUCGGCCCUCGCGGACCUCGCCCGCGUACGCAAGACGUACAAGGUAGCGGCAGAGGAGGAGCGACUGGGGACGCUGCUUGACGCCGUGGUGUUCCGCAUGGCCGCCAAGGAGGGGCAGUAGGGUGGUCACAGCGCGGGGGGGGCAGCUUCGUCUCACGCGGCAUCGCGUGGGGAGGGAGGUUUUUUGUCGCGAGCCGCUCGGCUCGGCUCAUUCCGGCUCCGCCGAUGGGAGUUGAGAAGCAGUUCUGCGACGUCAUUAAGCGGGGCUGUUUCUCUCGGACACAAUGAGGUGCGCCAGUAGUUGUAGGCGUUCCGAAUUUAAAUGUCUUCUUCUCGUGAUCUGACGAAUUUUGACAUCGGGAUCCGAUUGCCGCGUUCCCCCCUUGACACUCGCGUGACACGCGACUCGGCACGGCAUACGCGGUGCAGCGACGCACUCUUGACGUGCUCGGUUUGCUGUACCGAAACUCGUGAAUUAAAUGAGUGAGACUUUGGA